UGACAUUUAAAGAGCACAGAAAAGAAAUGAAAUGAGUCUGCUCUUUUCUUUCAUUCAGUUCAAUACAAUUAAUUUUUUUGAUAUUUUAGGAAGUAUUGAAUAGAGGCACUCCUUUGUUGACACUAUCAUUGACAUAAUCAGGUAUAUUUGCUGGAAAAGACAAGCAGUGAAAAAGAUGAAGGUUGGACUAUUUUUACUCUUCUUCGUUUUUAUAAACUUGUCUCAAAACAUGGAAGGAAAAGCUGUAGGAAAGAACAUAAAACUCGCAGGUUAUCCAGAUUAUAGUUAUUCACUGGUCAAACAAUCUAACACGCAGAAGAUGGGCCCCGAGCAUAAAGUCAAGAAUCGAUACAAGACUUCCUUAACUGGAGAAACUGAACAAAAGUCUCAUGUUUUGAGCUCAGAAUUAGACGAAUAUGUGGGCAAAAGUAACCCUAACGAUCGUCAUAGUUCUAAUUAUGACUUGGAAAGUUAUGAAAAUUUAGAACUCAUGUUAAAUUCUGAAUUUGCACAGCAAGAUCUGCAAAAUUCACAGCAAGAAAAGUAUUAUGAAAGGAAAUUGGAUUCAAAUACCUUGAAAUGGAAGGAAAAUGACCCCUUAGAAAGUGAUCAAGUAUUUCUGCAUCACAAGGAGGGAAAAGAGUCAAAAUAUAGCAAUCAUAAACAACACUUGCCUGGAAACAAAGUAAUUGUUCAUUCAAAAAGCAAAGAGAAAAUCAAAACUUCAAUUCAAACUCCAGAGGUGAAUCCAGAUUUACCCAAAACAAACGUGCAAUCUACAGCGAGAGCAUCGCAACAGUUUGAAUUCGGAUCAAUACCAUUGGAGCUCAUACAUGACGCGAGUGAAAGUUUGAAGGUAAACCAAAUAAAUCUUCCUACAGAGGAUGAAUUUGAUUUGUUGAAUCCUUCAGAGAGUGUCGAUUUAAAGGUAGAAGAUAAGAGAACACUAGUUGGCGGCAAUUUUGCUUCAAGCUUGCACAAUGAUCAGCUUUUCGAUAAAGAUAAUUUCAAUACGCUAAUAAACAAUGAAGACAAAAAAUUGUUUAAGACUGGAAUCAAUGAAAUGUUUGAAGCCAACUUCGAUUCUUUUGUCUUCAAUCCCAGUGCCCAACCUCUAGAGAAAUUCCAGGAAUGUAAAACUCCAAGAAACGAGUCUGGAUUUUGUAGGUAUGUACAGCAUUGUAUGCUUCCAAGUAUUUUAAAUUCAAUUCAGCACUUCAUGGAAAAUAUGUGCAUAAUUCAAGAAAGAUUUAUUGGAGUGUGUUGCCCAGAAUUUCCAGUCCAGAAAAUUCUGGUUAAGUGGGAAGAUCAACUAGAAACCUUCAAUGAUAGAAACAACUCGGUUGAAACUCCUCAAGAUUGUGGAGUAGGAACAAAUACAAGAGUAGUUGGAGGAAACGAUGCCGAUAGAAAGGCGUGGCCUUGGAUGGUGGCUCUCUUAAACAAUAAAAAGAAAUUCUUUUGUGGUGGUUCCUUAAUCAAUAAUCAGUAUGUACUCACAGCUGCUCAUUGCACUUUUGGAAAUUCUAAGGAUCAGAUGGUGGCUCGUUUGGGAGAAUACGACUUUAACAGCCCUCGAGAACCUCAUGAUGAUUACCGUGUUACUGAGAUAAAACGUCAUGGGCAAUAUAACAGGAUGAGCUUGCGAAACGAUAUUGCUUUACUUAAACUGGAAAAACCAGUGGUCUUCAACGAAUUCGUAAAAACUAUCUGUUUCCCUGAAGUUACAAGCGAUUUCAUUGGCAAUGUGACUACUCUAGUUGGUUGGGGCCAUUUAAAUGGAGGUAGUGGAAGUGUUAGUGAUGUACUUCAGGAAGCAAGUUUUCCUGUGAUAUCCAACAGUGAAUGUAGAACAACGCAUGGAAUACCUAUACCAUCUUCUUUAAUAUGUGCAGCUGCUGUAUCACGUGAUAAAGGGGCCUGUAAUGGUGAUUCUGGAGGACCUCUCAUGUUACUCGACAAAAAUGAUCGCUGGAAGGUUAUUGGCGUUGUGUCAUGGGGAAGAAGAGGAUGCAAUCCUAAAUUUCCUACUGUUUAUACAAGAGUAACCCACUUUAUGGACUGGAUAAGGAAACACUCAACGUAAAAUGUUUUUACGUUUCAUAA